CGCGGCGUGGUCAGGGCGGGGCUCACGGACUGACGCAUUGUCAGACCCGGGCUCGCAGGGCCGGCGAGGGGGCUAUAGCGCCUCCAGUCGACCGGGAGCUCCCAGAGGGCAGGGGGUUGUCCCACCCCCUCUGUGCGCUGCCCCAGCCCUGGCCUGAGUUGAAUCGAAGACCAGCUGCUCUCCACUUCCCUGCUCCCACUCUGCCCUCUCACCUCCAGCCAUGGCGCCCCUGCUCGCCCUGUUCCUGGUGGCCUUGGUGGGCCUACCUGUGGCCCAGGCUCUGGACUGCCACGUGUGCGCCUACAAUGGCGAGAACUGCUUCAACCCCGUGCGCUGCCCGGCGAUGGUCACCUACUGCAUGACCACGCGCACUUACUACACCCCUACCAGGAUGAAGGUGAGCAAGUCAUGUGUGCCCAGCUGCUUUGAGACCGUGUACGACGGCUACUCCAAGCACGCGUCCACCACUUCCUGCUGCCAGUACGACCUCUGUAACGGCGCUGGCCUCGCGGCCCCUGCAACCCUGGCCCUUGUACUCCUGGCCACCCUCUGGGGUCUGCUCUAAAGCCCCGUUCCGCCCUCCACAGACUCACUCAAGGGCAAAGUGCUGAGCAGCACGGCCCCACCCUCUCCCCCUGCACCACCCCCCCUGCCUUCCCCAGACCCACCCAGCCGCAUCCAGGAGUGUCUGCAAGAGGACUCUUGACCUCCCCCAGCCACCCUGGGGUCUGCUUCCAGGUCAUGACCUGUUGUUUUCAGAAGGCCGAUGUGGGACCACACCUCCCAAGGCAUCUGGCUUUGAUGGGGCAGCUCAGCCCCCUCCUCUGUCCAAGGAUGGGGGUGUGGGCACGGUGUGCUGUUUAUGGGGGAUCUUCAGUUGGCCGGUGAACACUGAUGUGAAGGGGACCUCUGCGUCUGCUCUCGCAGCCGGGAUCCCCUCGCCCCUCGCAGCGGCUUGACUGCUAUCCCGUCGGCAGCAGGAUCCCGACUGAACGAGUGCCGGGUGCGCUGGCCUUGGCCCCAAAGGGUUUCGCGGACCCCUCGACCUCUGACUCUGCCCACGGGGAGGGCGGGAGCUCCGCUCCCGCUGGAGCGCUCCAGCCUCAGCUCAGGGAGUGGCUCUCAGGUGCCCCCAGUCAAGCUGGGCCUUGGGACCCCCAGAGACCCAAGAAAGGGCAUCAUUUAAAAGGCACCCACCCUAGGUGAGCCCCACCCUUGGCCAGCUUGGGGAAACCCGGGUCUGCCCAGCGUCUGCCCAGCGUCUGCUGUUCUGGAUCCGGGUGGCCCGGGGAGCCGGGCCCUCCUUCCAGUGAGGCCAGUCAGGACGCGCAGCGUUGUGCCGGGGGUCACACAGCGCCUGAGGCCUCCUCAGCUGACCAGUGCCCCCAGCUCCAGUGUCCGGGGAGGGGCCAAGGAGCCCCUUCAGUUUGGCACGGCCCAAGUGUGCAGGAUGGUGGCAGGUGCCCACGUGGGGGGUUGUCCCUGGAACUCAGAAGCCCUUGGCCCCUAAGCAUGGCCCAUGUCAGGGGGACCUGUGCUGGAAAUUCCCUCUUGAGAGCUUCCCUCUGGGACCGCCAGACCUCAGGGGAUCAGGUCGCCCUGGGGGAGCCCGGGUAGGAGGUCCUUAGGCAGGCCUGGGUCAGGCUUCCCAGAGGGCCAAGAAGCAGAAGAACCGAACCCCAGACAGCCGGCCAGGUGGCCCCUCCCCCUGAUGCCCAGUGUGGUGUGAGCCCCUCCCUGGGGGAGGCUGGGGGGGAGCCAGACCCCACCCCCAGCUCCUCCACCCAAAGACUCCCAGGAGUGGUCCACCUCAGGGAAGUGACCACACUCCCUGCAGAAUUGGCUGCAGGGCCACUGCAGCCCCAGAUGCUUCCUGGGAGGGAGGGCAGCCGUGGGCAGACUGCCCUCCUGACUCAGCAGGUGAGGCCUGGGAAGCACUUUGUCCUGGGUCCGGUGGCUCCUCGGCUAGAUCGGGUCCUCCCUCCCUCCCUCCUGUCCUGGCGGGGAUGGAGUAGAGCCCUGCCUGGCCCCCUGUGGGCUCUGGGGUCACUGAGAUCAGGGAUCCAGCAGCUGGGUGUGCUUGGUGUUGGGGGAGCUUCUCACACCUGCCUCUCGCCUCCAUCUGUCCAACCCUCCUCCACCCUGAUCUGGUCCCAUCCCAAUACCCAUGGCACCGCCCCCAGCACCGGGGACCAUGCUGCCUAUCCCACCUCCACAGACUGGGUUCUGCCUGGCCCGGCUGUGGUCGAAACUCAGCACAGACACACCUAAGGUGUUAUGCUCACGCCCUGGCUGGGCCCCCUAGUGGGAAGUACGUGGCACUGCAAAAUCAGGGGAACGCACGAGUAGGGCCCUUGGAAAUCAAACAAGUCAACUUGUCCCAACUGACUGUCCAUGAGGAUAGUAACUAACAUCUGCCCGUUUCCCUGCAGUCGUGGCUCUAAGCACUGCAAGACAACCCUGCAAGGUAGGAGCCGUUAUCAUGCCCCUUUCACAGAUGAGGAAACUGAGGCACAGAGAGGUGAAGUAGUUGCCCAAGCCAGGUGGGACUUCUUGUCCCCCGCCCCCACUGCACCCCUGCCCCACCCUGCAGUCGCUUCUCCCAUCAGCUGGGAGAGGAAGGGGAAGCUGAGAAGGUGGGUUUAUAAAUUUAAGAGGAUUUUAGCAUGUGAAAUCAUUAUAACAGCUUAGGGUCAGAAAAGAUGGAGAAAAUCAGCACCAGGAGGUUUGAGAAGCCAUGAAGGACAGAGUCAGGGCGUCCAGCCCGGUGUCUGGGUGCUGGGCCAGGGGUGGAAUAGCACAGAGGAGGGCAGAGGGGCGCCAGGCACUCCGAGCUCGCCUGGCCCAGACCCCUUCCCCACCUGUGUCAGGAUCGUGGGUCCCCAACGGAAACGAGAGCCCGCUCAGCAGGCGGAGAGGCCCAGGCUCUUUCUCACGGCUCUUCACGGCGUUUCAGAUCUGGAAGCAGCCUGCCUGUCUCAGGAGCGGCUGCUUGACUGUGUGGUGGCACCUCCAUGGACUCCUGUGCCGUCCAUCUGCCUGGAACACAGCUGCGGCCCCGGUGCAGACGGACGUGCACAGGGGAGGCUGGACAGCUGCUUCUUACCUCCCUUUGUAACAUCUUAUUUGUGGUGAUGAACGUGUAUUUUCUUCAUGAUUCUAAACCUCUGAGAAAGGUAAAAAGAAAGUGAGAGGUCUCUUUCUUUUUCAUCUCUCCCUCUCCCCCAAAUUUUGUUGGAUCCUAUCCCUCAGGCUGAUCUGGAGCUUGUCGUUCGCAUCUCUGAGCCUCUGUUGUCUUGCUGAUAAAAUGGGGACAAUAGCGCCCACCAGGCUGGGGCAUAACUGCCCAGUCUGGGGCCUGGCACACAGAAGGCACCGGGUGGACAGAUGGAUGAACGGAUGGACAGACGGACGGAUGGUGCCCUUUCUGUCCACUUCCUGACCCUACCCAGCAUGGGCAUCGACUUCAGGCCGUGGCCCCGCUCCCUCACACGGCCUCCCAGAGAGGUCUCGUUUGCACCUGCUUGAGCUAGUGAAU